AGUCAUGUGGUUUGGUCAAGAAUCUUGCCUUAAUGACUCACGUCACCACAGACCAAGAAGAGCUUCCUCUCAUCAGGUUGGCUUACAACAUGGGAGUAGAGGUACAGAGCCACUUUAAGUUACGGAAAUUACCGGUUAUUCUUGCAACAUCUAUCCGAUACAGAUACCGACUUUAGAAUGACGUAAUAAUGUCAGUUGACCUAGUGAAGGUGGUAUAUUUUCAAAAUGCAUAAUUCUCAUGCAACAAUUGGUUUUACACAAUCUGAGGACGUACAUAGCUAGAGCAUCACGAGUAGUACAUCAUGACUAGACAGCACCAAGGCGUAAGAAAUUUCAAACACUGACGUACCUCCUUCACGUAAAUACGCAAAUUAUCCCACCUUGCAAUAGAACUGCAAUUACUGUGCGUUCAAGAUAACUUGAUUUGUGUUUUUCUUAUGAGUUAUUAGCGAGCUUGAGACAUUGCCAAGGCUAUAACUGCUCGGCUUAAACCUUAGACUGUGUAUUCCAAAUAGGACAUCAAUUUGCUGUGUGGUGAAGAACUGACCUAUCCAUCUGUGUACACUGUCUUCUUAAAUGGUAUGUGUUGCUUUUAUUUUAUUGAUUAAUUCCAGAAUAAAAAGAAAGCAUGUCGACUGAGUGACAUUUGGGGUUAACGCGCUCUGCCUUGCUACUCAUGAGUUAAGCCGCUACUGAAGGUUUAGUCUUGAUUAAACGAGGAUGAGAGUUUGCAUGAGAGUUUUCUCAAUUCUCAUACUCCGGUCAAACGAGAAUAAGAGUUACACGAGAUUUGAUGAGGGAAUUAACUCGAUCAGCUGAGCAAAAUGCAAAAAACUCUCAUGAGAGUUCAUGAGAGUUCGCGGUAAAUCUUGUCAAAUCUCCUUUUCUUUGCGCAUAUUUUAUCUGCCUGAUAGUUCACGCAAGUAGUGUCUGGCUUGUUAUUUCUGUGCUUUGUUUUUAAUCGGGUACUCCGAUUUAGUCCGGCCUCAACAAAAUUUUACCCUUCCAUCUCAGCUGUUCUUUGUCAUUCGGCAUGAUUCGUAUGAUGGCAGGCUAGAGAAGACCGAGAGAGCCAUCGGUUUGUUCACGCACUUCGACAAUCAGCUCUCUGCUUCAAGUAAAGGCGAAUAGCACCACUUAUAGAUCUUAUAUUUACCUUUUUUUUUUUUUUAUUAUGUUUCUUUAUUUCUAGGCAAUAUCUUGGGCGUGAUCCAAAAUCAUUUAAAGUUUGUGAGAACAUUCCGAAUUCUCAGACGAGGUAUACAUGUAUGUUCGUAUGAUAGUUUGUGAAAGUGUUUAUAUAAUCUUGAUUUGAAGUAGCCCAGUAUAGUACUGUAGCUCACAAGCAGUUGUUAAUUAUUGUCAUAUUUGUAUAGCUGGUCGUGUUAAUGAAUUUGAUUCCAUUUACGUGGAUGAGACGAAUCGGUGAGUUACUUAGAUAGAUAAAGUACGCAGCAGUUGACGACUUUUGAGAUACUCAAGAAAAUAUCAUAACGCGUUCCAGUUGCUGUUUAGAAAACAUUUUCCGUAGGCCGUCCAUGGGCUUCUCUUAAAGGUGAUCUACAGUCCGAUGUGAGCAUGUGCACAAAGGAGCCCACUUUUUAUGAUGCAAACAGUUUAACUAUGUUUUGGGUUCUUCAAAAGCCUGAUUAUUGUUUCUUGAUCAUUUAUUAUACUCUAGAAGCUUCAAAAUAUAAAUAGUUAUCGAAUAAAGCUCAAUAUUUUGGAUACAAAAAUGUAAACAAAGGCUUUGUUUACAUACGGACUGUAGAGCACCUUUAAAAACUUCAAAUUACAAGUUAGUCUGUAAUAACUUCUUAUUAACCGAACGCGAGGUCUGUACAGAUAAAUAUUGGACCGAUGUCUGUCCGAUGUUUCUCUGUACAUCCCGAGCAAAUGAAGUUAAUAAAAACUUUAUUAUAUGGCAUUUAUAGGAAUUUAUACUUGAAACAAACAAGAAAUGCAUGAUUUGAAAUGCAUAUUAGUAGCGUGGUACACAUUUGGUCGAAGAAAACAAAAAAAUACCAAUGUAUUCCUUUACCACUAAAAAGCAUUCGCAGAUAUCUUAUUAAUAACAAGUUAAAUUAUAAUUUUCAAAUUUUAUUCAGUUUUGCUGUUUUAUUUUAAAAAUGCAUGUGUUUGUUUUUACGUAAUGGAAAUGGACCGCUGAAAGUGCUUCUCAGCCAAUCACAGUCCGCCAUUUCACCGGAAGUGAUGCUUGCCAUAUAAUAAUAUGGCAUAACAUUCCAUGAAAUUUGUGUAUUUUACAGAGCGAUCCACAUGUCCUCGGAUGGCGGCAGAGUAUGCAGGUACAUACAGCAUGGAUGCUAAAAUUUAUCCUGAUUGCCCAAUUGCUUUCCCUUUCCUAAGAUUAUAAAUUCAUGUCUCGCCGUCUGCCGGCUUAACCCAUAACCAUGAAUUUUGAGUGUGGGUGUGGGUGUGGGGGGCGGUGCAUAACGGAGAGAUGCCCUAUUUAUUGGUAACAUACUGAAUAGGACAAUCUGUAUAUCUAUGUUGCAUAGUUGUGAAACGGGAGGGAAUUAUUAGAGUGGGUCCUUGAUAAAUGUAUUCCUGUAAAGGGGAAGCGGGGGGGGGGCUAUUUAAGAGUAACGCCCGGAUUCUAAAAGCUCACUCACACUUAAUGAGUGGAAGUUCAAUUUAAGCUUCUCUCGAGUGUCAUUGCUGUUUUUGAAUAGCUGGAGGGUUAGUGUCGUACCUUACUAUGUGACUACUCACCCUCUAGCUAUUCAAAAACAGCAUUGAUACUUAAGGGAAGCUGAUAUUGAACUUCCACUCAUUGAGUGUGAGUGUGAGUGAGCUUUUAGAAUACGGGCGUAAGGCUUAAUAGAGGACUUUCGUUGCGUAUUUCAUUUUAGACCUUACAUAAUAGUUGAGAAAGGUCGACCAAAAGUGACUCAAAAACAUAUGCAAGAUUUGGACAGAGGAUUAAGGUUUGUGCUCUACUUAUUAACGGAGGUUAAACAACUUGUAGUCUAAUACUUUGUUGCCAUUCCAUUCAAACCAAGUCGAAAAAUUUAUCUUAAACGUGGGGUCCUUUGUAGAUAUUACUCUACAAUGUACAGCCAUAGUUUUUGUCUGAUUUACCACUGACAAAUAAUAAUGUAAAACGGUUGGCAGUCCGGUACUUGCCGGAUCAUUCUAGAGAACAGUCUAGACUGCAUGAUGUGAUGCCUAGACAGAGCUGCCCAGUAUAAAUAAAAUUAGUGUAGUUACAUUUCUUCUUAAGUAACUCUGGGCCAAGAAGGGAUGUUCUUUUCUGGAUCUGUAGACAGAAUACUUUAGAACUGAGCGAGAUAUCUCGUAGAAAUAAAGUGAGUUUAGUUUAGAUUUCUUUUAGUGGUAAGAUUGGGACCAUAACAGAUUCCUCUUACUGAAAAUCUUGGAAGAAUAGUUUGGGACUGAUAGAGCUUUCCAAUUUCUCUCCAAGUCAGUUUAAGUUUUUUCCUGUAGUAACAAUAAAGGAUAUAUGUCCUGUACUUAGUGGACAUCCAGACAGAAUAGCAUAGAUAGGAUUUCUAGAGCUGUCAAGCAUUAAUAAAGUUAGCUUAGUUUAUUUUGGAUAAUAAGAAAUCUUGUGUUUUGUCUAAAAUAAACUGGGUGAUUUUAUUUAGAUGUUUUCAAGACUUUCUUCAUGAUGGUUUAAUCGAAUACUUGGAUGUGAAUGAAGAGAACGACAGUUUAAUUGCAGUUUAUGAGAAACAUAUCUCAAAGUAAGUCCACAGUCUUUCUCGCUGCGGUAAACUAAAGAGUAAUGCGUCUAUGUUAGAGAGAUGACACAAAUGCACUUCCAAACAAUAUCUCCUCUCUAAAACGGACACCUCUCUAAUACGGACACCUCUCUAAUACGGACAUCCUUUAAUAUGGAUACCUCUCUAACAUAGGCACCUAUCGAAUACAGACAUCUCUCUAAUACGGACACCUCUCUGAUACAGAUGUAUCUUUAAUACGGCGGACACCUCUCUAAUGCGGAUAUUCUCUAAUAUAGCAACCCCUCUAAUAUGGGUACCUCUCUAAUACAGACACAUCUUUAAUACGGACUCCUCUCUAAUACGGACACCUCUAUAAUGUGAACACCUCUCUAAUAAGGGCACUUCUCUAACAUGAACACUUUGCUUUGUUCCUUCGCUGUUUGUAUUUCUGUAAAAAGGUCUAUCUUUGUAAUAUUUUUAGGGAUACAACUCAUUUGGAGAUUGAACCAUUUACUAUCCUUGGUGUUUGUGCAGGUCUUAUACCUUAUCCGCAUCAUAAUCAGUCACCAAGAAAUACUUAUCAAUGUGCUAUGGGAAAACAAGCAAUGGGUAAGGCUAGAAGCUUAGAAUAUAAAGCUUGAGGAACAGACUUUAUUUAUACGAUACAACCAUUAUGGAAUGUACUAUCCCAUGCAGAAUUCAACAUACAGCUAUUUUUGUUGAAUUUGUCUUGGUCAUUUGGUAUACUUAGUUUAAGUAUUUUUAGCUGUUUACAUGCGGAUCAAUUCCCAGAGGUAUAAAUAAUUUUCUGGAUUUCUAUUUAAUUUAUCGGCAACAACACAUGCAGGAAUUUAUAAAUUAGUGACAAACGGUUGAUGUUUCUUUGUAAAAAACUGUCCUAGAAAUAUUACAAAACUUGCGAGUUGCCGUUUAAAGAAAACUGUUUCUUAGGCUUUCCAUGGUCGUCUGUUAAAAAAUGGUCAGUCGCAAUUGUAAGUGGCCACGUGGAUGAGUGCUUGACGGUAGGCAAGGGGGGGGGGGUGCAUAUUCAUAUAUUUGUGUUCUGCCCUACUGAUUUCUUUUGAAGGCGAUGGUUUUUACCGUAUGUAAACAAGAAUAUAUGAAUAUGCACCCUUUUUUAUUUACGGCCCUUCUACUAUAAAAAAUAGGCAUUUUAGUAUGAAAUAUAAUUAACGACGCUGUUGUUUUAACAGGUACAAUUGGAUAUAAUCAGAGAAACAGGUAAUGUUGUUUGCUCUUUCCCAUUUUAAUCUAUGAUGCCCAUUGAUUGGAGCUUUAUUUUCAAAUCAACCAUUUACCUUUCGCUUUGCUUAAUUUCAGGAUUGAUUCGCUGUUGUACAAUCUUGUCUAUCCACAAGCACCGAUGGUUAAAACGAAGGUAAAAUCAUUUCUAUUGUAUUAUAUUUAUUUACUGCUUCAUGGCUGCAGAAGUUAGCGAGGUAUGGGGCGACGCUACCAUACAGCCACCACGCCCCAUAGUGUGGGGGCUAUUUCCCAGGGGCAGAAAAAGUAUCGGACCAUUGGUCCCAAAAAAUUCGGAGCAAAUAUUUCUCCACGAAAGAAAAAAAGAUAAUUGUAAUAAUUUAGAUAAAAGGAGAAAUUCAGUGGAAAAAUUCUAACCAAUAGAAAGAAUGUUACCUAGGGAUCAAUAUAACGGUCGGCCACCGGCCACUAGCCGAGCAAAAUGCUGAUAUGGCCGUCUACUGAUUGCUCUGCACGGACAUUAUGGCCGACCGUUUUGUUACAUUAAUUUGACUAUUUUUUCCUUUAUUGUUGCAAAACUUUUUAAAAAAUCUGUAAUUCUUAACACAUGCAAACAAAGAUUCCGUCUGCUUAUAGACAAUCACAGAGUUUCACUUCGUCACCGAAUCCACACAAUAGCAAUGUCAUCUCGUGUGUUAAGAGAAAUAUUUUAUAUUAUAUAUACUGUUACUGAGUAAGUUGAUUGUCGUUGAUAUUGUGUAAUUUUGUUAACCGUUCUGCAUAUAUGCAUAUGGUUUUGGACGUUUGAUAGUUGUUACGGUUUUGGGUUAUAGCACUGUGCCAACUGACAACGUCCCUCUUGAGAAUAAUUAAGUGUCCGAUCAAUGUCAGACCAAGUUUUCAGAAUUAUAUUGAACUCUAAUGUUACCUGUACUGUAGAUAUGACCUCAAAAAUGCAAUUAUAGUGCAUCCAUCUUAAAUGUACGAUAGUGUAUAAAUGCAUAGAUUAUAGAAUGAUGUAACAAAUGUUGUAUGGCAAAUGCAUUUUUAGCAUAUCUAAGUCACCUGAUUUUCAACAUUUUCUGAGCAUGGAUCCCCAUGAUAGUGCCCCCGUAGGACUCUUUUAUGGUAUCUGUAUUUGUACCUUAGGAUCAGACCCUUGAUGCAUGUCAAGAUUAAGAUGACAACGCGAUGUUCUAACGUAUGUGUGUUUCUAUUUAGACUAUCGAUUUAAUUCAUUUUGACGAACUGCCUGCCGGUAAGUAUACUCGAGACAUUUCUUACAAAUCCUUCACAAGUAUAGUGUUUUAACAAAAUCUCCCUUGAUCUUCAAAAUAUUUGCCAGCACCUAACCUGAGUAUCAGGCUCUAUUUUACAAAUAGAGCCUGACACAAAACUUAACCUGAUCGCUUUCCACCCACAGCAAAGUUUAUAUUUAGUAUCCAAUCAAAAUGUCGCAGGAGAAAUUUAAAUUUCACACAACGACAACAACAAUCUAAUUAUAGCAUAGGCAGCCCACUAAACGACUGAAUUUAAAUUUAAACUGCAAUGAGUAUAAAACUAACAAAAAUAAUCACAAAUUAGCGAAAUAUAUUGCAAAUGCAGCUUAUAUUAAAUCGCCACCCGAUUGCUCUCUCCUCCGCAGAGGUUUCAGUGACUACAAUAAGCUUUAUAUGGCGUUUAUAAUACCGUAUUUAUCAACAAACUGACAUACAAUUAUAAAGUAUAUAUUAAGUAUACUUUAUAACUAUACGUCAGUUAGUCGAUAGUGCAAUCUGAUGGCAAUUUAAUAUACUAAGCUACAUUUGCAAUAUAUUUCGCUAAUUUGCAAUUAUUUUCUAAUUUUACUGCAGUUUCUAAUUUAAAUUCAGCCGUUUAGUAGGCCGGCUAUAAUUGUAGUUGUGAUCGUUAUAAAAUAUAUCAACAACAAUAGUAUAAUCUAAUUAGCACCAGCCAAUCAAAUGACAGAUUUAAAAAAUCGUUUGUCUAAUCGGCCAAUCAGACGAAAAAGCCAGAAUCUGGCUUUUUACAUGCGCCGCGGUAAAGAAUUGUAUCAGGCUCUCCUUCAUUCGCCGCCGCCAAUUAAUCCUGGCGAAUGAAAACAUAAGGGCCUGAUACUCAGGUUAGGCAGCACCCAAAACUCCUCCAAUGGUUAGGUUGCGAUGAUUAAGAUUUUUAGCCGUAUCUCACUGGUAUACCAUGCAUGCAAUGAUUAUAUUUUUCGAGGCAAUAUUUCUCGCGACAUUUUCGAUAGACCAAAUGACAUUAAAUUUGGCGAAAUCUUGCAAACUUAAGACUCUCAAAGUCUUUCAAAUGCAGUACACAAAGCAUAUGGUUAAAGAUCGACCUGAAACCACAAGUUUGAACAGGAAGGUGUACAAUUGCAUAAUACACAAACACAUUAAAUUGACUCGUAUCUUGUCCCAUCAAUCCAAUCAUAUUUCAUGCGAAGACAUGUCAGAUUUCCGUUUUCCGUACUUAAUUUCGUUUUGCCUGAAUACCUUGGAAUGUUUGCUGGUCAUAUGGCACUCUUCAUCCCAUACAGAACAUACGUGACCCUUAUGAGCCUUUACGUAAGAAUCUAUAAAUGAUUUACAAACAAUUUUUUAAGGUCAAAAUGCGACGGUUGCAGUGAUGAGCUAUAGUGGUUAUGAUAUCGAGG